AUGCCCGUGUUUUGCGGAACGGCCUUUCACGUACCGGAGCGGCAGAGGUUGGAGGUCCUGCAGGAGGUCUUGAUCGUCGUACGUGACGCCGAUGGAGUGAUUGAACGCGUGCUGUGGCCGGCGGACCCCGACUAUGGCAGGGCGAAGGAAGAGGCCAAGGUGGAUGGCAAGCUGCGGACGCUGCGUCCACACCAGUACUUAAUUCCUGGGCUUAUAGACCUGCACGUGCAUGCGCCGCAGUGGCCGCAAACGGGAAAAGCGCUUCACCUGCCGCUUCAGGACUGGCUACAGGAGAGAACGUUUCCGCUGGAGGCCGCCUACAAGGAUGUGGGGUUCGCGGAGAAGAUAUAUACGUCCCUGGUGGAAACGCUGCUGGCAAAUGGCACUACCACCGCCAUGUAUUUUGCUACUAUUCAUCUAGAGUCCAGCGUGGAACUUGCCAAGAUUUGUUUGAGGAAGGGGCAGCGGGCAGUGAUUGGACGUGUGGCAAUGGAUAUCCCCGAGGUCUGCCCAGAUUUUUACCGCGAUGCGGGUGCCGUGGAUUCCAUAGCUAAGAGCGCAGCCUUUGUAGAAUCUGUUCGGGCACUAAGAGGGAAUGAGCGUGCCCUUGUCCUUCCUUCCAUCUGCCCUCGAUUUAUUCCUACAUGCAGUGUCGAAUCACUUCACGGCCUCGGCAAACUCGUGGAUAGGUAUAAGUGCCACGUGCAGACACACUGUUCAGAGAGUGAUUGGGAACACAACCACGUCAUUGAGCGUUUGAAGAAGCACGACGCGGUCGCGUUGGAUGAGUUUGGACUGUUAACAAGACGCACCGUGUUGGCACACUCAAACUACUUGUCAGGCGAGGACAUGGAUCUCCUCCUCAGCAGAGGGACUGCCGUGGCGCACUGUCCAUUGUCAAACUUUUAUUUUGCCAAUGCCGUAUUUCCCUUGAAGAAAGCACUGGACAAGAACCUUCACGUUGGUCUCGGCACCGACUUGGCGGGUGGACACAGUCCCUCAAUCUUCGACAGUUGUCGUCAAGCCAUUGUGGCCUCGCGCGUAUUGGACGACGGUGUUGAUCCCAGCAAGGAUGCAACUGAAAGGAGCAGCUGGAAGGGGUCCCGAAUAAACUUUAUCGAGGCCUUUUGGCUUGCGACAACGGAGGGCGGUGUCUCGCUGGAUUUGAAGAUUGGCAAGUUUGAGCCUGGCUACGCGUUUGACGCCCUAGUGAUCGACGCGGACGCGCGCAACAGUAAUGUGAAGGUCUUUGACGGCGAAGACUCGUUGGAGGACAUCUUUCAGAAGAUUGUUUACAACGCCUCUUCCGCGAACGUCGCGCAGACGUGGGUUGACGGGAGACUCGUGCACCAGCUGGAGUUCUCAUAG